GUGGUGUCUGUCAUCAUAUUACAACAACAUACCAGUAAAUUUGCAGUCAACCAUGGAGAAUCCUCAUGCCGAACGACAGGCUGUUUUGCUAGAGCGUAUUCUCAAGAACGCUUCAGCGUGCACGGAGAUGAUCCUCGAGCUGAACCACUGUGUGGAGGAAAUACUUCGUGCCAAUGCUUCUGUGAAGAUUGCAGCAGAUUUGGCGACGAAAUACCGCAAAAAUGUGCAGUAUAACCUAGCAGCGACGACUUUGCACGAGGCUUCAUAACCUAUUGAACUAUCCAUGGUCAUUGUCCGACGACUCGGAGGUCCGUCUAGACUCAUCGUUUGGUUAGAAAGCAUUUUCGAUGUUGAUCACGAGUAGUGCGGUAUCGUGUUUGGUGUCCGACGUCCGCGUUGGCUUCUUGCGCUCAUUGCAAUAUGUUCUCAACGAUCUUACACCAAUCCCUCAACUACGCGAUUAUACGGAGUCGCUAAUAAGACUUGCUAUAGAGACUGCAGCAGGGCCGCUACGUCCUUGAGGAGACAGACUUACGUUACUGUAACUUCCUUAUCUGGACAAUGGACUUAUUGUUGCAUGCCACUCUUAU